GAAUUCGAAAGCAGUGGGGAAGUGAUGUUGGACCUAUCACAGCAUUGCUAACAGACAGCCUAUUACAGUAUUUAAUAAAAACAGAAACAGCAUGCCUAUCAUAGGCUAAUAAAUCCUACCUCCUGCACGCUUUAAAAACAGUAUGAAGCAGCUUUAACGGAGCUUCAGCUAACUAAUUUCAAGCAUGGCUGUCUAGCGUUCCUGUCACUCCUAUUGUCCUUCCAAACUCUUUCAGACAUUUUGAGCUGGGAGUAUUAAAGCUAUGAGUUAGCAAGGGUUUGUGACAUUAAUGGUCCAGAAAGGCUUUAGGCGCGAGAGGUAAGGAUGAUUACCGGUGGCUAUUUGGAGGACUGCACUGGAUCGCUGUCAUUAAAAAUUAAGCGUGGCUUUUGAGGAAGAUGUGACAACUACCGGAGGUCUUUUUGCCACUCCUCCAGGACUUCCACCAAAAGGAAAGGAGCCCGUGGACCAACACCCUCUAAGAUGUUUAUAUGGACCAGUGGCCGGACCUCUUCAUCUUACAGACACGAUGAGAAAAGAAAUAUUUACCAAAAAAUCAGGGACCACGACCUCCUGGACAAAAGGAAAACUGUCACGGCACUGAAAGCAGGAGAGGACCGUGCCAUUCUCCUGGGACUGGCCAUGAUGGUGUGCUCCAUCAUGAUGUACUUCCUGCUGGGAAUCACGCUCCUGCGCUCAUACAUGCAGAGUGUUUGGACCGAGGAGUCUCAAUGCACCUUGCUGAAUGCAACCAUCACAGAAACAUUUAAUUGUUCCUUUAGCUGUGGUCCAGACUGCUGGAAACUCUCUCAAUAUCCCUGCCUCCAGGUGUACGUUAACCUGACUUCUUCUGGAGAAAAAUUCCUUCUUUACCACACUGAAGAGACAAUGAAAAUCAAUCCAAAGUGCUCCUAUAUCCCUAAGUGUGGCAAAAACUUUGAAGAAUCCUUGUCUCUGGUGAAUGUUGUCAUGGAAAACUUCAGGAAGUACCAACACUUUUCCUGCUAUUCUGAUCCGGAAGGAAACCAGAGGAGUGUCAUCCUGACCAAACUCUACAGUUCCAACGUGUUGUUCCAUUCACUUUUCUGGCCAACAUGUAUGAUGGCUGGAGGUGUGGUGAUCGUGGCCAUGGUGAAACUCACACAGUACCUUUCCCUGCUCUGUGAGAGGAUCCAGCGGAUCAAUAGAUAAAAGCAAAAGUGGAUGAGAUAAUUUUCUUUAAAGCUCAAAUACUGUUUUCUUUCAUUCCUCACCAAAGAACCUUAAGUUUGUAAUGUGCAGUCUGUUAUGAGUUCCUUACUAUAUUCUUAUAUGUAGAGCAAUAAUGCAAAAGCUGUCUUUAUGCAAAUAUGUCUGUUAUUCGGAGAAGAAAUAACUCUUUUGUGUUACUUGGUUGUUUCCAUAAUCUUGUUUUGAUGCUGGAACUAGUACUUCUCUCCUUCUGCCAAAAUAGGGCUCAGUUUCUCAUUUGCCAAGCUUUGUGGAAUGGUGUAGACAAUAUCAUUAUAAUCAGGUGCAGGUUCUUAGUUGUCAGAUCUUGUGAAAAUAUUCCUGCAAUAUUUUUCAUCAUUCAUUGUUUACUAAAGCUGCAGCCAAAAAUAUUUUUCCUUUUCUUAUUCAAAAUUGAGCCCUGUAGCAAGUGAAGGGAUUUAUUUAGGUUUCCUAACUAAAGAAGUUAUACAUUUUUCUUGUAUUUCUACCAUAUCACUGUAAAGACGGGGGGGGAAUCCAGCCAGCUAUUUUUCUUUCAUUACUUUAAUUUAUAAUUUAAAAUUUUCUAACUGAUUUUCAAAAAAAAAAAAAAAGAUGUUUUUGUUAACUAAUUCUAUAAUCUCUUCCUGUGAUUUAAAUAACAGAAUUAAUGGAGCCCUCUUCCAUUCAAGACCCUGCUACUGUGUGAGGAGAUGACAUUUAUAAGGAGUUUCUUUUCCAUGAACUGAUUGAAUGUUGAGUAAAUGUUCCAUAACAAUGCAGAAAAGUUUGUUACUGAAUUAAUGUGUGAAAGUCUGUAUUCCAUUUCAACUGAACUACUAAGAUGGUAAAAUUAAGAUACUACUUGCUGGUUGAGAGUAAUGGACUGAUUUCAAUGAGUAAAUCUAUUGUGAUAAGUUGACAUGUUAGAAUAUUGCUCUUGGGAAUUUAUGUUUUCCCCAAGUAUGUAGUCUCUCUGAUAAGCAUUCCCUAUCAGGGUUUUAAAGCUAUGUGCACAGAGUACAUAUCUCCUCUACAUGUUUUAUUUUUCUAUUUACAGUUCCCUUUGUUUUUGUUGCUAGAUUUUAUACACAGAGUAGAUCUUUUUUCCUAAUACACACUGACAAAGAAUAUCCAAUUUAAAGGAAGCCUAAGCUUACAUGGCCAUUAUUGUGUUGGGAGGGGUGGGUGAUGAGGGAUUGUUUUAAACAAAAACAUUCCACCUUUUAUUUAGUAUCAGUAUCAAAAAAAGAAGGCAAACAUGUAUCUUUUUCAUCUAUAUUUACGUAUCUUUUUGUAAUGUAGGAUUAAAGUUUUCUAAGCAUUGCGAAAUUUUACAAAUCAUACUUGUAGAAUGAAUGGUGAAACUAAUCUGAUUAAGUGGAAGUAUUCUGUGAUAUUGUAAUUCAUAGUUUGACUUUUCAUAAACAAAUAAAUCCCUAGGGUGUAAUUAGAACUUCAAAUGUGUAAUUAAAAUUUUUAAAAAUC